AUGUAUGCGAGACGCUGCCGCGCCGCCUGGACAUGAUUAUGUAUGUUUAUACGUGCGGUGCGGUGCGCGUGCAUUCACUCACUCACGCAAGCUUGUGUCUGUCGGAUUGGUGGGCAGUCAGUCCCUCAUCGGUCUGGUCAGUCUACUCCAUUUGCAGACCACACACACAGAUCACAUCUCAAGGCGCAGCGCACACGACACACAUGCGCACAAACAGACCACAUACACACACACACCCCAUCUCUCUGUCAGCCACUCGAAAACCUCUCCUCUCGCUGUGACUCUGUUCUGCCCUCUUGGCUGUGAUGCGACCGACAUUUGAAACACAUACAUCCAUGAGCGGAAUGCCCACAGGCCACCGACCAGAAGGCUUGUGACAACCUGCUCAUGUGUGCAUGUAACAAAUGCUUCACACACACACACAAGCGGGGCCAGAACAGGUAUGCGACGCAGCUCCAUUGGAGCGCUCCGGACCCACACGCACGCAAUCCCUCUCCUCUCCCCGUCCCUCUCUCUACCGUCUGUCUAGACGAAGAAUUUGUUGAACUCGUCGAGUGACUGGUUGAGUCUGACGAUGGACUUGAUGAGGACCUCGAUCCUCUUUUGGCUGCGUUGUUUGCCCUCGGGGAUCUGCGCCUCGACGCUGAUGUCGCGGAUGUCCUGGAUGAUGUUGCGCAGCAGCCGGUCUGUCCCCACCUGGGCGUCCUCGUCCAACACCUCCAACGACAUCUUGUUCAAAGUGAUCCGCAGGUCCGCCACGUCAAACUUCUUCUGCACCAGCGCGUUCAAAUCUGCACACACACACAAGAUAGACAUCCAUCCAUCCACACCUCCAUCCAUCCAACGGACAGCAAUCGACUCCCUCCUGCCCGUAAGUCAGACUGACCGGCGUUUUUGUCGUCUUUGAGAGCGAUGGCGAGGUUGGUGGCCGCCUCCCGCCACUUGCGCAGCUUCUCGAUGCCCGCCUGCACCUCCUGGCUCUUGAGCGCAUCCUCAUUGCGGAUGGCCUUGGUGGGGUCCUUGACGCCGGCAUAGUCGCCGCCGAAGGGGCCGUACUUGGCGGCCUCGGCCGGCUGGUCCCCCGACCCGUAUGUGAGGCCCAGGAGGACGGCACCCAAGCCGAGACCUGACAUGGCCUCCGACAAGUGCUGACGGCGGCCGCCUUCAGACUGGAAUGAUUGAACAAGCGGACGGAUACACAGAAAGGUGAUUAGUGAAUGUGUGAGUCAGUCGUGUCGGGUGCUGUGCAUUGAUUGCGUCGAUGCAUCCCACCAGCAUUUGGAGCUGCAUUGCGCCUCCCCUCCUUGACCGCAAACGUGACCUGGACGGCUGAAAGUGCAACCCACACACAAACACAAACAGACAGACACGGGAUGAGAUGAGCAACCAAUUGCCACCAAUGCAGAUCUGCCGCCCUAGUACCUGAUGAGAGUUGGUCAGGAGAGAAGAGCCACUUUGCGGCACGAAACCGCUGCAGGCGGCGCAAAGCGCCAGGACGCAGACAGUCGCUAUUGCAAUCCUCAUCCUGCCGGCGUGAUGCCUUCGGUUCCUUCCCGCGCUGACUG